UUAGGUCAGCAGUCAUGCGAUGCUCAGUCGCAGCUUUGAUCUUCUUCACCGUUCUACCAGUAUCAUCGCAGUGGUGCAUGUGUCACGGUGUAUGUCAAAGAUACUUCACUUGUCCUUUCUGGUGUGUUCGAAGUUCUUUUUGCCCCCCAGCAGCGCAGUAUCUCCAUGAUUGUGAAAUUUUACAAUCAAAGUGUGACGCCUCAAACUGCGCCCCUGCAAAUAUAACCUCCAUCGCUCAAAAUAUGAUUCAAAUCCGCUGUCCUCCUGAAACUAACGAGAUGAGAACCGACACAGCAACACUUGGGACUGGCGAGGGAAUUGAAAGAACCGCAAGAUGUUUCACCAGUGGCAUGGAGCGAAUGUGA